UACCUUUGCCGUAUUUGCUACUUAAAUUUUGCUAAAAUUUUAACAGAGUUAGUACGACCAGACUUCUACACAGAGUGAAAUACAACUAAGUUCUACACCACCGAGAUCAAGUGAUUUAAUGUUCUUUGGUGAUUUUUAUUCUAGUGAAGAAUUUGAUUCUCCUCUCACCUUCUUUGAUUUAGAUCUAAGUCCUCUGAAAGAGGUUAGGUUUAGGAGUGAGAGUGACAUAGAGCGUGAAUUAGAGUUUAUUGAAGAUCCUGAUUACAUCCCACCUCCUACUCCAUGUAAUGAAAGCUACAAAACGAAAGAUAUGUCAUCAGAGGAAACAUUGAGUGUUGGGGGGAGUGAGGAAGUUAGGAUGGUGAAGGAAGUUAGCAUAGGAACUGAGUCAUCUGGGUUAGAGAGGACGGUCGAAGAGGUGGGAGGUGAAGAAGGAGUUAAAGGAGAAAGAGUUCCUUUGAAUAUUUUGGAGGUUGAUGGUGCAUGUGAAAGGUGUUAUGAUGUGGAGGCAGACAUUGUGUCCGAAGUGAUAAGAGAUGAGACUAAAUGGCCGAAUAGGGAGAGUCUAGUACAUAUAGUUGAAACGUAUGAUCUCCCUUUGCAAAUGUUGAUUAGGCCAACUAUGGUGGAGGAGAGGGCGUGUUCGACACCUCGAGACCAUUGGAUGCUGAUUUAUGCCCAUUACUUAUUGGCAAGGCUGAGGUUCCCCAUCCCAGAACUUUUGGUUGGAUUGUUGUUGGAGUAUAGUAUAGUUCCCUAUUUUGCAAAAGAGAUGGACAAGUUUCUUAUUGCAAUUGGGGGGGCGACGAUUCCCAAGAAGUCAAAAACUUCAUUUGCAACAGUUACUACAAGUCAAGAAGGGGGAAGUGAGGAUGUUGGGCCUACUCAGAAGAGGAUGAAGGUGGAGGAGUAUGAGUGUAGUGGGGAUGAGGUGGUGGAGUUCGUACCUCGUCCACCCCUAGUUGAGCUCGAUCCCAAAGUCAAGGAGAGGUUUAUAAACUCAACUUUCCUUGAGGUGGAUCGUUGUCGAGCUCAAGAAAAGGUGUUGAGCCACGGUGGGGUUGGGAUUGUGAAGCAUGUCCUUGAGGCUAUGAGCUUGGUGAAUGCUCUAUCACAUGAGUUUUUUGAAACUCUUAAGGAGUGUAACGUUUUUGUGAAAGAGAAGGAGGAACUAGGGAAGAAGAAGGAAGAGGUAGAAAAGGAUUUGAAGCGUUGGAGAAUGAGAUUGGGGGAUGAAGAAGACUACUACCCGGAUGAAGAAGAUUGCUACCCGAAUGAAGAAGAUUGCUUCCCAGCUGAAGAAGAACGUCAAUACAAUGCUAUUUUGGCGUUCUUAGAUUACAAAAAGAAGGUGAAGGCUCAACGUCCUGAAUUGGAUGUGACUGGCAUCACCUUCGGGGAGCAAGAAGAAGGAAUGGAAGAAGAUGGAGAGAGUAUGAUUGCUGACUUUUGUCUUGAAGUCCAAUUGAAAUGGGACCAUGACAGUGAAGGUCGUACCAUCGUUCCUCCUAACUUUGACUUUAAGUUUGUUGCAGUUGAAAAGAGAGAACCAAAAGCCAGAAGUGUUGAGGCUGAAGGUGCUGUAGUUGCAGAGAACGAACCUGAGAAGAGAUGUUUUGGUAACAUUUGUUAACAAUUUAUUUAUAUAUUUAAGAUUUGUUUUCAACAUUUAUGUAUUUUUGUUGUGUAUGCUUCAAGUAGAAAUUGAAAGGAAAUCACCUCAAAUAUGAGGUAAAAUCGAUUAAUAAAAUUCAAAUUCAAGG